GAGACUUCGAGUGGACGUGAGAGGUUGAGGGAUCCUCUUGUUUCCACAUCUGUACCAAAUCAAAGAAAGGAAUCAAAUUGAGGCUGAGGGGAAGUUUUUCGAACUGUGUUGGCUGCGCUGGCAAGCUUCGGACCACACAGGCUUUCCAUGAACACAAAUUCUACCAUAUCCCUCCUAUAUCUGUUUCAGCUCUCCAGACUUAUACGCUCAAUUAUAGUAUUCAUUUACCAAGCUUUUUUCUCUUAGAAUUAAAUGUUCCUGGGUCCACCCAUGGUCUGCAAUGCCUGCCUUGUUCGUCACUAAUUGCAACCAUCUUUCCGAGGCAGGUUUCUGCAAUGGCAGCCACAACUAUUGCUGCAUUCAGUACUUGUUCUCUCUUGAGUAAUAAAAACAAUACCAAUCUGCUUCACAAGUCUACCAGGGUAAGGGCACUGAAUUGUUCAAAUAACAGUAUUUUGUCCUUUCCUCUGAACCCAUCUAAUGGCUUGAUUAAGAGGAAUUGCAACAGAAGAAGACAUGGUGGUUUUAAAGUGUCUUGUUCGAGUGAAGCAUACACUGGAAGAGUGGGCACAAUAUAUUGGAAAGGAAAUGCUUCAGUGGCCUCUUUCGGGUUUAAGCACAAGAAAUUUCCCAAGGGCAUCAGGAUGGAUUUUUCUCAGUCUUUACCUGCAAUGCUACCCGUGAUUGUUGUAGGAACAGCAGCUGCAGCUCUCAUCUAUCCUGCCACCUUUACUUGGGUUACCAAAGAGUAUUACGCCCCUGCUCUUGGGGGGAUAAUGCUCUCCAUUGGCGUCCAGCUUUCUGUCAGGGAUUUUGCACUAGCAUUUCAAAGGCCUUUGCCCUUAACAAUCGGAUAUCUGGCACAAUAUGUGCUGAAACCUGUAUUGGGCUUUUUGAUAGCAAGAGCUUUUAGAACACCACCCAUAUUUGCUGCUGGUUUCACUCUUACUGCAUGCGUUGCUGGUGCCCAAUUAUCAAGCUAUGCUAGCUUUUUAAGCAAGGGAGAUGUGGCACUAAGCAUUGUUUUAACCAGUUUUUCAACAAUAACAUCAGUAAUUGUCACCCCAUUAUUGACUGGUCUACUGAUCGGUUCUGUGGUGCCAGUGGAUGCAAUAGCAAUGUCCAAGUCAAUACUACAGGUUGUGCUGAUUCCUGUGUCAAUGGGUCUGGCUCUUAAUACUUAUGCCAAGCCAUUAGUAAAUCUUAUUCGUCCAUUCAUGCCAUUGGUGGCCAUCGUUUGCACAUCACUGUGCAUCGGAAGUCCACUUGCAUUAAAUCAAAGUCAGAUCAUAUCUAUGGAAGGAUUUCAGCUGUUGGCACCGGUACUAGCAUUCCAUGCCUCUGCAUUUAUGAUUGGCUACUGGGUAUCAAAAUUGCCUCAUUUAAGGCAGGAAGAGAAUGUUUGCAGAACCAUUUCUCUUUGUACUGGAAUGCAGAGCUCUACCCUUGCUGGUCUCUUAGCUACACAAUUCCUUGGUGGAACUCAAGCAGUUCCAGCAGCUUGUUCUGUGGUGGUUAUGGCUAUAAUGGGUUUGAGUCUUGCAUCAUUUUGGGGCAAAGGAUUUAAACUCCGAGAUAUACCUGCCAGUGCAAUUGGGCAAGCAGCUUAAUACGGAAAGGAGCAAAUGUUUCUCCUAAAGAAGAUCAAUGAGGUGAAUCAUAUAUUUACCAUCAAAGUCCAUACUUGUCAAUAUAGUAGCAUAACCGAUCUUUGUGACUCGAGCUUCUUAUAUUUGUAAUACUACAUCACCCAUAUAUAUACUUCUGGCAAUUCAAGCUAGGAUGUGAAAUCUUAUCUUAUAAUGAUGCCUUUUGCAUGCUGAAGUUUUCAUAGUUGCAAGAGAUUUGCAAUAUUCUUUCUAGUACAGAAUACCAGUUUAUGCGUUUAUCCGGUACUAGUUUGGUUCAUUGUAAAUUCCUUUUUUGAGAAACCAACUAAAUUUCCUCAUACAUGUAUAUGCCGUUUUCAAAUAUAACGAGUAGUGAAAAAUAAAUUGAGGAUUGACAAAUUUCUAACAA